AGGACUUCCUAAAAAUAAAGAACAAUGUUUGUACAUCGCUUGUAUUUGUUACACGAUAUCACAAAUAAACGUUAACCAAUGAAGCGCCACUGUUUCAUAUCUUUUAUGAUAUCACUUGCCUCCUAUGUGAUAAGAUAAUAAUAGAUCUUUGUAUGGUGUACGAGCAGUGUCCUUUCUAAUUUCGAAGAAAAUGUUCCUUUUACGUGAUGUACCCGAAGUGUUAGUGAUAUUAAGUGUCCUAGUUUACGGAUCUCACGCGCAAGAUGACAAGAAGAGCCCCUGUGACAUUUUCGUUCAAGAUGUAAACAAUCUAACAUUGAAUUGUUCGCGGCGUAAUAUUGAUAAAAUUCCACUGUGGCCUGAGGAAAUUAAAGGUCUAGGAGAAAAAGAUAGUCAUGUACUCAUUACGUUCUUUAACAACAGUAUAACCAAUGUCACACAAUUGGCCCCCGUGCCAGGCAACAAAAUUGCAAUUAGCUUCAAGUCGAAUAAAAUUGUUGAAAUUGAAGAUGACGCAUUCAGAAAAAUUGAUCGAAUGGUUUACUUGGAUCUGAGCAAAAAUUAUAUUUCAGGAGAAGUGUUACGGAGCGAAAUAUUCCAAGGGCCCUAUAAAAAUGGGGUGUAUAGUGACAUUGCACUAGAGACUUUGAAUCUAGGCUUUAAUGAGAUUCACUCCUUGGACAGAUAUCUGUUCCAGUAUACGCCAAAUUUGACGAGGCUGUACCUAAACAACAACCCAAUAGAAAUCCUAGAUCAUGUGACUAUACUUGCUUUGUCGAGCGCGACCAAACUCGAGGUUCUCGACUUAUCUAAGACGGACAUCGACAACAUACCGCUGGAUGCGUUUAAGGGUCUCGUGAAGCUGCGACAAAUAGAUCUGUCUGGGAACUUCUUCUUGAACGUCCCCGAGAGCCUGAGUAUCGUUGGAAAAACUUUACAGUACUUGACGUUCAACAACAACCCGAUAAUUGAGCUGAACGAUGACAGUUUUGUAGGAUUAACUAAUCUACUAGAAUUAGAAGUUGGCGAAAACGAGAAUCUUCAAGAAGUGAAACGCAGUACAUUCUCCCCGCUCACUAAACUCCGAGUACUUCAUCUCUGUCACAAUAAAAAUUUAAGAUACAUCAGUCACAAUGCCUUCCGAGGACUUAAAGAUAAAUGGACGUUAAAAGAGGUAUAUCUCGAUGACAAUAACUUGAGCGAGCUUGCGACGGACCUUAUGCCGUGGAACAAGUUAGAGGUUCUGGGCAUGACGGGCAACAGCUGGCUAUGUAACUGUGAUUUAGCUAAUAUCGUCACCAAACAGGAAGCCGGCUCAAAAUUUAGAACUGGAGAAAUACCUUAUUGUGCAGCGCCUAUGAGAUUGAACGGAGCGUUCAUUACAAACAUCACUGUGUCUUUCUGUCCCACAUUUGACACUACUUUUGCACCAAAGAGAGGAUUCUCCUUCUCAGACUUAAGACCAAAACAUAUUUUAUGGAGUAUUUUAGGUGUAGGAACAGUAGUAGGUAUUGGUAUGAUAUGUGGAAUUAUUUUUAAUGCCGCUAAAACAUGCUACAAGAAAAAAUUAAGUCAACCAAUUCGUUAUGUAAACAUAAAUUCAGAGUCAAGUUUUGCGUAAGCAAAAUAUUAUUUAUGUUGUAUUAUAAACAGUUUA